AUGUAUCUGCCUCGCCAACUCAUAUCGCACCUCUACCUACAACUUCUUCGAUCCCAUCAUCCGCUCUCUCCUCCCGUGCUGGUCCUCGUAGCACUCGAACCCGAUGCCCUCUGCGCUUGUCGAAUCCUGACCGCCCUCUUGAAGCGCGACUAUAUCCCCCACAAGAUCCAACCGGUAGCCGGAUAUGGCGAUCUCGCACGCGCCGGCGAGGAGCUGGUCAAGCCUAUGCAGACGCACAAUGGGGGUAGUGGAGGCGUGGUCGUAUGUCUAGGCGUGGGAGGCUUGGUGGAUCUCAACGAGAUACUCUGUCUGAGCAGCCCGGACGAGGAGGUGGAGGAUAUGGGAGGGGUGGAGGUAUGGGUCUUCGACUCGAGGCGACCGUGGAAUCUGAGCAAUGUCUUUGGCGGGGAGGCAGCGGCGGCUUCGGCGGAUGGAGGUGAUGCCGCUUCGCGGCGGAACACGCGCGGUGUCGACAAGGGAUGCAUCACUCCGUCGUACAAAUCGGGCGCGGGUGGUAUUGUCGUCUACGAUGACGGGGAUAUCGAGGAGGAGAUGAGCGCGGAGAGGGAAGCAUACUGCGCGCUGUUGGAGAUGCCGGAGGUAGACGAAGAUGAGGAGGAUAUUGACAGAUCUGGCAGCGAGGAUGACGAAGAGCAUCCGUCCAGCUCGGGGUCCAAGAAGAGGAAAUCGUGGUCGGGACGCGAAGACGAGGAUGACUCUGACGAGAACGACGGCCCCCCGCGUCAGCGGCGGAGGAGUAAUUCAGGGUCCUCCAUUGCUUCAUCUCCGAGUCGUCGGCCGAGGGACGAGCAUAACUCCUCAAACUCUUCUCGCUCCGUGACACCGGGUUCAGAUUCGCCGUCACCCGCGCUGCCGAGGCAGCCGUCUGCACGAUCAAUGAGGCGACGGCUGAUUCGGCUCAAGAGGAAACAUGAGAAAGUGUUACAGAAGUAUUAUUCCACCGGCACAUCGUAUUCCGAACCGAUAUCAUCGCUUGUGUAUUCUCUCGCAUCCGAACUUGGUCGGGAAGAUAACGACCUUCUGUGGUUGGCCAUUGUCGGCGUCUCUAGCUUGGAACUCAGUGGUCGUACAAUGUCUGGUGUUGGCAUCUCCAAUCCAUCAGAGUCCGGAGGGUCUGCUGGCUGGGGUGGUGAACGGGGAGAGCGCGUUCGUCAAAUAUUACGAGACGAAGUCCAUCGAUUGAACCCGCCCGACCCAUACGAGCGAGACAGAGAUAUUAGAGGGGAGAUCAAUGGCGUGAUCCCCACAACUGCCAAAUCGCCAACAGACAAGUCUAUUCGAUUAUCUCCAGAACCCCGUUUCAUUCUGGUCCGCCACUGGUCACUCUACGAAAGUAUGCUACAUAGUCCCUAUCUGGCAUCACGACUGCACGUUUGGACCGAAAAUGGUCGGAAGCGAUUGCACAAGCUCCUUGCGAAGAUGGGAAUCAGCUUGAGCCAGUGUCACCAGAACUACACUCACAUGGAUAUGGAACUGAAGCGAGUGCUACGGCAACGCCUUCUCAAGUAUGCACCUAUGUACGGCCUGGAAGGACUCGUACCGCCCGACGCAUCUGGUCAUGUCUCCUCCCGCGAGGGGUGGGGCUUCGUGCGCUGCUGGGGCUGGAAAGCCUGUCUUUCCGCAACGGACGUGGGCGUCAUUAUAGGCGCGAUCCUCGAGGUUGGGCCAGAGGAAGCCCCCGGCGCCACCUGGGACACAAAGCGCCUGUCGCGCCCCAAAAGCGCAAAUGAGGGGAACGGCGCUGAUGACUCCACCGAGUCUGAUUUGUCUAGCCUUCUGCCGCGAUUUUGGAGCGCAUACGAUGCUUUGUCGCUCACCUCAGAAUCGCCCACCCUCCUCCUGAAAGCACUCCCGCUUGCUCAGCAUCUUCACCGGGCCAUUCUGCGUACCGGGACAUCUCUACUAUCGAAGCACCAAAUUCGGCACCUGCGAGCAUUUCGCAUUGCUGUCGUUAAGGAUGGCCCCGAUGUCAAGCUUUUUACAAAUCCUGGAGCUCUGACGAAAUUGGCUCUCUGGAUAGCUGAGGCGAUCAGAGUCCAAGAGCGUGAGCGAGGCGACAGCGUAAAGAUCGGAAAGAGGCGAGCGGCAGGGACUCCCUUGGUGCUGGCCGGCCUUGACGAAGACCGAGGCCUGUAUGUCGUUGUCGGCACAGGUGGCGGCGGAGGUGUGAUCGAUUACGCGGCGAUGCACAAGCGUCAAGAAGAACGCCGUAAGAAAAAAGAAGCUAAGGAGAAGAAGCAAAAAGAGCGCGAGGAACGUCGAGCUCAGCGCGCAGCCGAGCGUGCUCAACGCGGAAACGAUGACAACGAUGAAGCCGAUGAGACAGAGGAGGAAUCGGAGUCAUCAUCGGAAUCCGAGUCGGAGUCUGAGGACGAGCUUGACAUGCGCGGCAACAAGCACCUUCUGCGGAACCGAUUCGGUAUCGCCUUCCAGGAGGUAGUGCAGGAGACCAACACUCGAGUGCGCAUCGACAGUUUCGAGCAUUGUGUCGUAGAAGUCCAAAAGGAGGAUCUGGGUGGCUUCCUCGAAGCUCUCAGCUUCCGCAGCGUCGUCGGUUAA